GCAUCGGCAUUCUGGUGCUGGUGAAUUUAAACCAGGUGUAUAAUGACCGUUGAUUCGGCCAAUCGGAAGGAGUUUGUUAUAAGGAGUAGUAGUGGUGGAAAUAACAGCGGUGAGGAUUUUAAGGAGGGGGAUAAAGAAGAACAGAGGAUAAGUGUAGAUCACCUUCACAAAUUGAACCCUAAGAACGUUUCAGCUUGGAAUAUGAAGAGGCUGAUGAAUAUUAUUGGGCAUGGUGCUCUUUCUACAUUGGACGAGGCAAAAAUUGCAGCCAAAAAAAUAUUCCAGAAUGAUGCUAAGCCAGGUUCCAAGUACGUUUAUUUGAAGGACAUUUCAAGAUUCAUGCGAUGUGAUGAGGCCUCGAAAACUAUGAGUCUCUUUGAAGGAGGAUCUGAAAGCAAGAAAAUUAGCAAAUCAACCCUGAAGAAUUGGGUGGCUAAUGCUUUCAGAGAACGGAGGGCACUUGCAUUGACAUUGAACGAUACGAAGACAGCUGUCAACAGACUUCAUCAGGUGGUGAAUGUCUUGGUUGGCAUCAUCAUGCUGGUGAUUUGGCUCGUCAUUCUGGGAAUUGCAACCAGCAAAUUCCUUCUCUUUGUUAGCUCUCAAUUUCUUGUACUUGGAUUCGUAUUUGGAAACACCUUGAAGCAAUAUUUGAGCGAUUAUCUUCCUAUUAAUUGUGUAUCAAUUGUUUUUAUUAGUGAAACUAAUUAGAAUUUAUGGGUGAGUAAUAAUUUAUUUUCUGUUUAAUUUCCAUAUGUACUGGCCUUUAGCAGGUUUGAAGCACAAGUGUAAUGUUAUGAUUAUUUUCCAUCUUCAAAAUUACUACUUCUGUUAUUACGUUAAAUCUUGAAUGUGGUUCUAUGAGGAAUAAUAGUACAACUUUAAGAUUCUAAAAAUAAAUGCUAGACAAAUUU